AUGGCUUCUACUAAAGCCUUCAAUGUCACUGCCCAAAUUGAUGAUCCAAACCUGCAGACAGACAGCCCGCCAUUUUGGACACCAAUCCGGCCGUCCUCUCGCCGGACGCCAUCCUUCUCCUCCUCCCCAUCACUCUCCUCCAAUUCAUCAUCAGGAUCAUCCUCCUCCUUCCGGGACUGUAAUUCCCGGUGGUGUCCAAGCACGCCGCUCCGAUUCUCGGGAAUCCCGUUUUCUUGGGAAUGGCUACCGGGAAUUCCCAAGAAACAGAUUCCCGAGAAAAAGGACUCCUCCGUCGCUCUCCUCCCCCUCCCUCCCGCAAAAAACACUACUUCAACCUCCUCCAAAAAGUCGAAGCGUGUACAAAAAUACUCUUCUCGUGACAGCUUCAGGAUGGAUCCGUUUUUCACUGCAUUAGUGGAGUGUUCCAAGGACGAUCACGACACCAUUGAUGAUGUUUGGAUUGGCUCCUCCAAGGUCACUAGGUCAUUAAGUGACCGUUUCGGAUUCGUGAGCUUGACCACUUCUUGCAAGAGGGCUUGUGAUGUCUCAGAGUCUAUCAUUUCUCUUCCAAGGUAUAAGCAUUCAUGA